AUGCAUCUCGUGCAGCAUGGCCUGGCUUUCGGAUCUAUCUUCUCCCUAGCCGGCGUGAUCGGCGCAGCUUUACCUCCACCAGUUGACCAUGAGAGAUUCACGGAGCUUUUCCAGCUUGGCAGCAGCUUGAUGAGCCAAAUAACCAUCGAUGUACCAAAUCCAGACUACACGAUGUCCUGGGACAGGUGGAGUGUGCUCAACGCUGGUUGGACGCUCAAUGAGGAGGUCGUCCCCUUGGCCCUGCGCGACACGUUGAAUGCUUUGGUCGGAUGGUCGGGCCCUCAGAUAUCAAGACAGACCCUCGCAGGUCCGAAACUGCAGGAUUUCUUACAUGACUCCAAGCUCUCUGCCGUAUCAUACCGGAACGACCACACUGGCGAUCAGUUCCGCUUUGCUCACCCGUUGCUGAACAAGUUGGUCGGUGCGUAA